CAUCGGAAUAAACAUCAAUCGAACACGGUUUUUCGUCUCUUGAUUAUUUGAAAAUCUUUCGCAGUUAUUCUGAUUUUCAUCGAAAUGAGACCCGUAUCUCAUGUGAUUUUUGACAUGGACGGCCUGUUACUCGAUACUGAGCCCAUCUACGACACAGUCUUAGGCGACAUCAUCGAAUCGUACGACAAAGUGUACUCCGACGAUUUGAAAUUGAAAAUUAUGGGACGAACAGAUCAAAUGUUUGCGAAAAUUAUCGUCGGAGACCUGAGCUUACCGAUAACGGAAGACGAAUUUCUUGAUCAAUUUUACCGGUUAUGCCGGCAACGAUUUCUGAACGUAAGUUUAUUAAAAGGUGCCGAACAACUGAUCAAACAUUUACAUCAACACAAUGUACCAUUUUGUUUGGCAACAAGCGCUAGUCUGGAUAUUGCUGAAAUAAAAAUGAGGAGCCACCAACAUCUGUUCGACUUAUUCAGUCACAAAGUAAUGGGCUCAACGGAUCCAGAAGUGAAACAUGGAAAACCAGCACCGGACAUAUUUCUCAUAGCUGCCAGUCGUUUUGCGACUAAGCCCAGUGCGAGUGACUGCUUGGUAUUCGAAGAUGCACCGAAUGGAGUGAAAGCAGCCGUAGCAGCGGGAAUGCAAUGUGUAAUGGUACCGGAUGUGAUUAUAGCUGACGAGCAGCGAAAAGAAGCUACGCUGGUUUUGAAUUCGUUGGCCGAAUUUCAACCGGAAGUUUUCGGUCUACCUCCGUUUGAAUGAAUAAAGAGAAUUUUGUUAAA